UGCACCCUGUUGGGUCCUAAUUUUCUCCCCUUUAUUAAGCCCUUGCGUCAGUCCGUUAUUCAAUGUGUGGAAGCUCUGACUAUCUUGCCUUGACAAUCAAGUUGCCGUUUUCCCUGGUCGUCUUGUUUUGUUUAUUUUUCCCUAGUCCUGCUUGUCUAGCGUUCCUGUCUUUUGUCAAUUUUUUGUUUUUCGGUGGCCUGCCCUUUAGGAUUCUCUCCUGCUCUCCGCUUUGGCUCUACUCCGCCAGGAUUCCCUUCUUUUCACGGCAGUCCCGCCCGCUCUCUCCCCGCUCGCACGCCGCGCUCCCUCCGGAAUUCAGCCGCGGCUAUUCAUCGCCGUCCCGCCGCCUUUCGUUCCUGUGGGCUUUGCUGAAGCGGACAAGUGCUCCGCGCUGGUCCGGCCGUCCACUUGCUGGCUGUUAUUUCUGCUUUGCUGACUUUUUGUCUGAACAUUUUUGUUUCCAAAUAAAUAUUAAGUUUUUGUUGCACCUGCAAUUGGAUCCCGGUCUCGUUCCUGACAGCUAUAUGCUGGAGUUCUGGAGACAACCCGCCAAAGCAACUAACACCCCAAAAGGGCUCAGUUGCCAGGGCGACCAUCUGAUAACCAUCGAACACACCCAGAGUUGCCAGACACACGCCCACUGCAGAGUCGGCUGAUGCUGAUGUUGACAUUGCCUGGCGUCUGACAGACAGACAUGAUUCAGUGUUUCGGAACGAUAAAAGACCUAAAAGAAAAGCUGGAAAACUUCUCUCCGAGUCAUCCAGAUGUAAAGGACAUCAAGAUUCUGGUAGCUGGACAAAUUGGAGCGGGAAAGUCCAGCUUUAUAAACUCUAUCGAGAGCGCCUUUCUAGGACGGAUCUCAUCUAGAGCGUUGGUUAAUUCAGCUAAUGGUUUCAAUCACAGUUUCACUCAAAAACUCAAAGGAUUCACCAUCAGAAGUGGGAAAAAAAGGUUGCCCUUCACUUUCAAAGAUGUCAUGGGUUUGGAAGUUGAUGACCUGCAAAACUUUGUAUCGAAAGGGUCACAAACAGAAGACAUCAUCAAUGUUUUGUUGGGCCAUGUGAAGGACGGCUAUAAAUUCAAUGAGGAGCAGGCACUCACUUACAAGGAUCAACAUUACACCUGUGACCCUGAACUCUCAGACCAGUCUUUCUGUCUGGUUUACGUCGUAGAUGCAAGCACAGUCCAAUUCACAGAUGAUCAGCUAAUUGCCAAGUUGAAGAUCAUCCGCCAGAGAAUCAGCAAUAAGGGGAUUCCUCAAGUGGUUGUCAUGACCAAAGUGGAUGAAGCAUGUCCACUGGUCAAAACAGAUCUGAGGAAGGUGUACACUAGCAAGAAGAUCAAGGAGAAGAUGGAGUUGUGCAGUGCUAAAGUGGGUGUGCCAUUGACAAACAUAUUCCCAGUGAAGAACUACCAUGAUGAGAUUGAUACAGAGGAUGACAUGGAUGUUCUGAUACUGAAGGCUCUUGAACAGAUUGUUCAGCUUGCUGAUGAUAGACUGGUGGAUAGUGAGUGAUAGUGCUGACAAAAUCACAUAUAUAGAGUAAUUACUGCAUUUCCCAGUCUAACUUGAUAUGAUUAUUGUUGGCUUUGUGACAAAUUGCUUAUGCUCCUCUAAGAUGCUUUGGAUAAAAGCUCUUGCUAAAUGCAUAAAUGUAAACUUAAAUUCAAGAUUCAGAAUUUAGCUGUGAGUAUCUUAGUCUUUGGUUUUGAGCAGCGCAUGCAUCUUAUUUGAGAAGUCAGAAGUCAGAAAGAGCUUUAUUGUCAAGUACGUUUGCACAUACAAAGAAUUUGUUUUGGUGACAGAAGCGAGACUGAGUCUUUGAAUGAACCUCCAUUCCAGAGGCUACUGUGAUUUUUCAAUAUGACACAGACUAGUACAGUAAUAUUCAUACAGCAAAGUGGCUAGAACAGUGACAUAUGGGUCAAAGACAAAUUAGGAUAUCUGAGGUAAUGAAAGGAAAA